AUGGCUGCACAACAACAAGAACUAGAUGAGAAGAACCCAUUCUAUGAGUUAGUAGUCAUUUGUAGUACUUCUGGUCAAUUUGACCAAACCGUCAAUUCGUUCAAAGAUAUUAUAAAGAAGUCUAAGUUAGUAUGUAUAAAGGAUACUGAGUUGUUAGAUUGGAUAAAGAAGUACCAAAGAAGAGUUUUGAAGUAUAAUGCUAUAAAUGAGUAUAUAAAUUCUAAGUUUAAAGACCCAAAUGAGGAAAUGCAGAGAAUAUUAGAGAAGAAACACUUCAGAAACAAACAGAAAGAGAUAGAAUACAUUUCGAAGAAAUUGCAAUCUUACGAUUGGAAGACUUACCCUCAUAGAUGUCUUCUUAUCUUAGAUGACUUUGCUUCUCAUCCUUUGUUAAAGAACAGAGAACAAGAUAUGUGUCGAAUUCUUAAGAAGCUCAGACACUUUAACAUCUCAGUUGUCAUUUGUGUACAGACAGCAAAGAGUUUAAGUAAGGAUGUUAAAAGAAUACUUACUGACAUUAUACUUUUCCCUGGAUUGUCCGAAGACGAUUUCAUGGAACUUAUGAAAGAGUCCAUGGCAGGUAAGUUUGACAGACAUGAACUAUGGGAGAAGUAUAAAGUCAUACAAGACCCUCAUACUUCUUUCAGAAUUCAUAUCUACGCAAACAAAGUUCAAAUUGUAAAAAGUCAAGCUUGA